UCAUUUGUCAAAAUUAAUUCGUAAUUUGGUGAUCACGGCUCUGUUCUCAAUGUAUUGUUUUUAUUCCCUAACUAUUUAGGAUAGCACUAAAACUAUGCUCAUUACAUUCAAUCUAAGCUUAGUAUAGUGAAAUAUUUUAAUAGGCGGUGAUGGAUGAAAUGUCGACAAUGUCCGGGGAGCCCGCGACGAAAGUGGAGGGAGAUAGCGGAGGUACGGUGGACCAGUCGAAACGGGAUCUGGAGGAGGAAUUUAAUAUGCAGAGGGCGAAAAUGAAAGAGUUAUUCUUACAAAAAGAAGACGAUCUCAGAAAGCUCCGCCUGGAGAAAGAACAGCUGGACUCUGAAGUGCUGGGCCUGCGGGCGGAGUUACAGCAGUUGCAGACGCUCAGCGAGAAUCAGAAGUCUGAAAUCCAGAGUUUGCAGAUGUUAGUUAGUGAAACAAUAGAGGCCUCCUCCUCCAGCAUAGAAGAGGUCCGGCGCCUGCGCACCAAGAACCUCGAACUGGAGCAGCAACUCGCCCAGCUCAGAUCCCAGCAGCAGGAGGUGUCGCUCGCGCCGGCGACGUUCGUGCGGACGCUCGCGCGGAGACUCGGCGCCGACACUGAGGACACGCCCACCAAGAAGGUGCAAAAUGUGGAAGACGGUGAGCUGGUCCGCUCCAUCAUUCAGCCGAUGGAAAUGGAAAUCGGCGCUCUCAAGAAUAAGCUCAGAGAGACUGACGCCAAGUUGCAAGAAGCCCUGAAGUCGGCCACUAGUCCGGCUGCCAUAACAAGCACCACGGCUGGAGAUGCAAAACCAGAGACAGAGGGCCAGCAGGCGACGAGCGGCGCGGGCGCGGGGGCGGGGGCGGGCGCUGGCGCGGGGGCGGGGGCGGGGGCGAGCGGGUGCGACAUGUGCGCCAACUACGAGCGGCAGCUGGUCGGCGAGCAGGCGCACGCGCACGCCGCGCGGGAGCGCGCCGCGCAGGCGGAGCAAGCUCUCAAACUGGCGACGGAGGAGCUGGAGGGCGUGCGCUCCAUCCACGACGAGACCAUCCGCAGCUGGCAGGGCGAGCGCGCGGGCGCGGGCGCGCGGCUGGGCGCGCUGGCGGCCGCGCUGCGCGACGCGCAGGAGCUGCUGCGCGCGCGCGCCGCCGCCGCCGACGCCGCCUCGCAGCGCGCGCUGCACCAGGUCACCACGCUCACCGUCGAGCGGGAGACGCUGCAGCGGAAGCUCGACAGCUUAGAGCGCGACAAUGCGAUGCUGAUCGGCCAAUAUACGAAAAAAGCGGCCGAAAUGCAGAAUGAAAUUAUAAAUCUACCGGAUAACGUUAUAGAGCUGCAAGAGCAGUGCCUCCAGCUCCGCGAGCAGCUGAUCUUCUGCCAGCUCGGGCGCGAGGAGGCGGCGGCCAGCGAGCAGGAGCUGCGCAACCAGCUGCUGUCACACGGCGCUCUGCUGCAGCAGCAGGAGGCCGCGCUGGCCACCAGCACCGGCGAGCUCAGGGAGUGCAGGGAGCAAUUGGACCGGUUGCAAACGGAGCGGGAACAGAUGAAGGAGCUCGCGGACAAGCUGCGAGCCUCCACGGACAUGAUCGAGCAGCUGUUGGAAGACAAGAAGCGUCUCGCGAGCGAAGUGGCGGAGACGCGCAACCGCGUGUCCGUGCUGCAGCUCGAGCUCGACAACAGCGAGAAGGUGCAGCAGGACUUCGUGCGCCUCUCGCAGUCGCUGCAGGUGCAGCUGCAGCGCAUCCGCGAGGCGGACACGGAGGUGCGGUGGCAGCACGACGAGGACGUCAACGAGUGCCCCUCCUGCCACGUGGCUUUGCCCAACAGCAAGAAAAAGGUGCACUGCCGCCACUGCGGGCGGAUAUUCUGCAACGCGUGCGUCGCGCACAGCGUCGCCAGCGGGCCCCGCGGGGCCCCCGCGCGGGUCUGCUCCGUGUGCCGCACCCUGCUGCAGCCCCACACCGCGCCCUACUUUAGCACGGCGCCCCCGCACUCGCCCGAUUAGCGCCCUAACCUGUACCACGCCCUGGAACUCAUCCUGACGUCCCUGAAUUCAAUGCAUCUUCACUCUCACACACACCCCAACCCUAACACGCCUGUCAGGUCUUAGGAGGAUUCCGCAUUUUGGGGCGAUACUUCCUAAAACAGCUGAAUCGGGUCCACCCAGCAUCAUUUAGCCCAAGUAUUGAGUCAUGCCCUGCAUCCACAUAGCACCCUGCUAAGUCACUUUCAUCAGUUGCUGGUAUUAUUCUGUGGCAUUCUUACAUCAAAACAUUCAAAUGAUUUCAGUGCUCUCGUUCAGAUAAGAUUUUCUCGGCUUUCCCAUUUGAUAAUGUCAAAAUAAAUAUUUAUCCGUUUUUCCCACAAAUAGCGAACCUCAUCAUCCAUCAGCUUUACAAGUUAUAUGGUGUUCUAAAGGUAACUUCUAUGAUAGUGUAGCUCUUAUUGAUAGCUAAAUGAUAUUGCUGUGAGCGUCCACUGUGGUGCUGUGAAGGGAAUUAACGUGUAAUAUUUAAUUAGUGCCGUAAAAAUUCGAGGAUAUAAAUUGGUACAGUUUAUUUUUAUAGUGUUCAGUUCUCUGGAAGACACUUGGUGUCAUAUGGGAUUUUUACAAACGUUAUAAAAAUAUGAAUAGAAUACUGUUUUAUUUCGACAUUUUAUAUUUAUAUUAAAACAAACUUAAUCUCUGAUCAAAUUAUGUGUGUUCUUUGUAAAAUCAAAAGCUUAUCGAAAAUAAAAUAUUAUAGUGCUGUCCUGUCAGUUUUUAAAUGUAUGCGUUAUAAAAUCUUUGCUCAGUCAGUGGACGAUCAAUUAGAUUGACUAAGUAAGCGGAUAUUUUGUAUAUAGAUAUACUUAUGUAGAUAGUUGUAAUUAAAUGCGUUAUCUCGUUGAAUUGUUUCAUUGAGAAUGAUGAUGAAUAUAUUGUAUUUCAUUCGUAUAAUGAUCAAAUUUAUUAUAGAAAUUUAUGUUCGUAUGAAUGAAGUUGUCUAUUUGUUUUUAUUAUUUUGCGUUCUUUUUUUGGCCCGCCUUAUACAUUUGAUAUACUGAGAGAUAUGUAUGUGUUAAUGAACUUGGAUAAAGUUUAAUUUUGGGCUUUAAUAACGAAUAAAAUGGCUUUAUAGAAAACAUGAACGAACCAAGAUAUGCAUUCAAUUGUGUUGAUUGAUAUAUUUUAAUUUUAUAAUUAUAAUUAUUUCCAGUCUUUAUGAUAUUCUAUGCAUCUAUAUUUGUAUUGUCUGGUAUUGUUAUAUUUCCAUUCAAGCCCAGAAUCAAACUUAUAAUUCACAAUAUGCUUCAUUUAUUUUUAUUAUUUAUUCGCUCUAUUACAUGUCGCAGUGACCAAGGGUGGAUAAGUGCUAAUGUUAAUUUAGAAAUUGAUUGCGAACUAUGUACAGUGAACUGUCUCUAUGUGAAUUCGAUAUGAAAUAAAAAUACGUGUUGUUAUA